AUGGAUUCUGUGGCAUCAGUUGUGCCAAACCCAAAGCUUGCCAGCUCAAGCAAAGCCAAACGAGAACUUGAUUCAAGCGCGAAGCACAAGAUCUCUCCUGGAAUCUCAUUGUUCUCGGGUGGAGUUGCUGGAGCUGUCGAAGCUGCAGUUACAAUAUGCUUCUACUAUAUAUCUUCAGUCGCUGACUAUUGGUACCCUUCGAAGUACCCUUUCGAGUUUGCAAAGACAAGAGCACAGCUCCACUCAACCGGCAGCAAGAACCCGUUUGCAGUCCUUCUUCAGGUGGCCCGAAAAGAUGGUCCUAGAGCCAUCUACACCGGAUGCUCAACUUUGAUCAUUGGAACAACUUUCAAGGCUGGAGUUAGGUUCCUGUCCUUCGACUCGAUCAGAAAUUCCCUGAUGGACGACAAAGGACACCUGACACCCGCGCGGGGCAUCUUGGCCGGCAUGAUCGCCGGAUGUGUGGAAAGCGUUGUGGCAGUGACUCCUACUGAGCGAGUGAAGACGGCACUGAUUGAUGAUGCCAAAUCAGGCGCAAGGAGAUACGUGGGCGGAACGCAUGCAUUGGUUACAAUGGUUAAGAAAAAUGGAAUCGGUGAAGCGUACCGUGGUAUCGUUUCUACCACACUGAAGCAGUCCGCAACCUCUGCUGUGCGAAUGGGCUCCUAUAACGUGCUAAGAGAAUUGUCCAAGAAGCAUGGGUUCCCUAACAACUCCCUCGUAACAUUUGGCUCUGGAGCAGUUGCCGGUGUCAUCACAGUCUAUGCCACCCAACCGUUUGAUACAAUCAAGACGAGAGCACAAUCUGCCCGUGGAGCCGGUACUCUGGAAUCGUUCCGAAAGGUGCUGUCAGAAAGAGGUGUGGGGGGUUUCUGGAGCGGGAGCACGAUGAGACUUGGACGUCUGAUUCUGAGCGGAGGAAUUGUCUUCACUGUAUAUGAAAAGAUCUCGAGUCUUCUGGCUCAUUAG